CUUCCCGAUUUUUGCGCAAGCCAAGCCACCAUCCGAAACAGUGGACAUCUUCCAUGCUUCGCCAGAGGUCAGUUCGCAAGCUAGCAGACACGGAAGAGUGUUGAAGCCGCACGAAGCGGCAAGAGGUAUAGGUGGUACGAAGGUCGGAGAUCAUGAAGACAGGGAAGGAGAUCACGAAGCGUUUAGAUCUGGAAUUACGGGCACGACAAGGAGUAAAGGGUCAACAUCUAUGGGCGCUACAAUUAAGGCUCAACCAUUUCAGUGGUCACCAUAUAAUAGAUUAGGGUCACUGAAAUCUUCGAAGAGCAGGGCCCCCUGGAGAUGAGAACAGGGGAAUAAAAGUGAGGGAAAACAAGUAGAGAGAUGCGGGGUCCCACCCGUUCAGAGUCAGUGACCAAUGACUGCUGACCUUUAAUACAACACCUUCAGCUUCAGCAAACCACGCGGACCAGUCAGCAGGCGAUCUAGUCAAAAGUGUUGGCACGGACGAAAGAUAUCGGUCUUGGGUCGACAACGGUCCUUCACAGAGCAUUUGCUCACGGCAUGACCGCUUGUUACCUGGCGAUCCGAAAUGUGUCUACCCGAAUCCAGAUCGUAGUGAUUUUGACACAUCCUCAACAUCCUUGUCUUCAAGGAACAAUGCAACGCCAGUGCCAGCGCCACACGCGCACCAGCAGCACAAAAGCAUCAAAACAUUCGAGACUCCGGAUGACGUUUAUUGGCGAUACUUCAAGGACCGAGAUCGCAGAUUGGAUGGCAAAAUCAGGGAAUAUCAGCAGAUCUUAGACGGUCUGUCAUCUGCAACUUCUUCUUCAUCAAAAGGUGGGGACCUCGACGGUGGAGGUGGUGAGAAGUUGACAGCAAACGGGUAUCCAAAGAGGCCACGCAUAGGUCCUCGGAAUUGGUGGACGAAACGAACGGAAGAAGAAAUAUUACCAAGAAUGAGACAAGAACUUUGUACUGAUGAAGACGUUCUUGUAGGAGUUGGAGGAAGUUGUACUUCUAGUACUACUGUUGGAGUUGGGGAUUAUUUGAAUCUUCAGAAUUCGUCAGAAUUAGCGGAAUCAGCUAGUUCAUCAAGAACAUCUUCCGGUUCAUCAACAUCUUCACCCGCCUCAUCCUCCAGUCCAACUUCUUCAACUUCUUCUUCUUUCUCCUCUAACCUUCCAACCUCAACAGCAACAACAUCUACUUCUACCCCUUCGCCUUCCUCCCCUUCUUCUUACCACGCCCUGAUCACUCACACCUCGAAGCCAGUGCAAAAGUCACUUCCUUUUCUCAGAGCCGAAGAGCUGAAGCGAUUGAUGCUCUUGGAUGCGCACAAGGUGAGGAAAGGGGAGACACAAUUUCAGCCUGAUUUGUGGGCACGUUUUGUCCGGAGAGCAUGGGAACUCACUACUGGCCGUUUGUACCCAACCAACAAACGAGUGGGACGUAGAUGCCACGUUCGCAGCGUUCUUAGAUUCCUACAAGCAAUUGGAAGUGUGCAGUAUUUUCCAUCACACCAAAUGUUGAGGACUGCAGCUGCAUCAACGACUGUUACUGAGCCUGAGGCUGAGCUUAUUUUCCUCCCAUCUUCCACAUCUACCAGGUCGUCGUGCUCAAGAGCAUUGAUGAACAAAGGCAAAGACUUCUGCUCCUCAGAGUCGGAUCACGAGUCAGAAGGAUCCCCUCCAGGAGUCCCUCGACACGUCACCUGUCGUAUGAUCGAGGACAUGUUUCUGCGGUGCAUGAUCUGUGAACAAUACAAUCGCCUACAACAACAACACUACGUCUACCUCUUGGCGAGUCUGGCGCGUCUCCGAGUGCGGAAAAAGGAGUUGCUGAAUCGCAUUCUGCAGAAAAUGAGUGUGUGCUGGUCGCUCUUGCCGCAGAAGCAGUUGAUUUUAUGUUCUUGAUGAAUUUUUCAAGUAGGCUAGUCCUCGUCUAGGCACCUCCAGGUCCAGCUUCAUCUUCUUCAUCUAAUCACAUUGGCUGCGAACAGUUGUGCGCGGCUCGAUUUAGGGGACUGCGCUUGGGCUGCGCCUUUGAGAAUCGCCUUGGAACUCGCAAUUUUUGGUGACGCUAAGGAAGAGAAGAUAGACUCCAGCGCAUCUCGCGGUACCGAAUCUCCAGACGAUGAAGAUAUUGUGCCAAUGCUGUAUCACGAUCAUGGUGAUGAUGUUAAUCAUGAUGAGCAACAUCAACAACAACUACAAGGGCAGCUAGAUCAUAAUAAUGAGGAACAUCAAGAACAUCAAGAGGCUUUUUCUGCUACUGCUGCACCUUGGGAGCACAAGAGGCUCCUGCACAAGCGUACGGAUAACAAUGUCUAUCCAGGUGGUAAUCACCAGCAAAGCCGUCCAGCACUUGGUGGUCUGUGGCCUCCUGAGCAACAAGGCGAAAAUCGACCUGCCAUGCAUUUCUACGACAUGCAUGACACGGGACACCAAAGCAGCUCAGAAGAGGCUACGACUUCGAUGGGGUUUUUGAAUUAUGGCUAGUACGUGGGUCUGGAUCAUGCGAUUUCGUUUUCGAUUUGUUCUUUCCGCUUUUUUGUUUAUUUUUACACCCCGCGAGCAAUACAACUAGUUCUUGCUGAGGAAGAUGAUGUGGUCCUGCACAAACUCAGAUAUCGUGGCUACUCUAAUCCCCAAAACGACGCCUUAUCGUGGAACGCUUGAAGGCCAUCACCGUUCUGGAACUGUUGCCACAUAGAGUUAUCGACGUGGUGAAGCUCUAUCUGCAAGACGAAAGACGGAUUAAGGGUUGGAAGUUGGCCUAUCUGGUAUCAUCUAAGAGCAUCUCUAUGGCUUCUUCAAAAGUAGGAAAGCCAUAGGAAUGCGAGCUAGUAGAGAUGCCAACUCUCAACCUCUAAACGGACACCGCGGACGACGAGUGGGAAUGCUUCUGGCUCCUGCCGUCCGAACGACCGCAGCUUGGUUCUUUUUGAACUGUAUUUGAGAGUAAUUAUGCAGCAAAAAGUGCAUAACCACCAGGACCAGAAUAAUUCAUGUUCCUCUUACGAGUCCGAGCUCUCCACUGCGGAAAAAAGAGUACUGGAAGAACGCAGAGACGCAUUCUACGAGAGGAAAGGCAUGUACGAAGAGGAACAGGAGGACGCGGAUGAAGAGUUGGGUGUGAUGGACGACGCUGAGUUUGAUUAAGGGUAGGUUAAAGGUGCUUUUCAUCUUACCGUUUGUUAUGGCUCUCCUAGUAAGGGGGGCCACAGCCAUAGCAAGCGGGAUAAACGAACACCAAAACCCGCCUACCUCUACUAAUUUGAGCCGUCGCACGAGCAGGAGCACAGCAGCACAGCAGGAGGAGGAAAGCUACAACAAGCUGCCUCAACCUGGUCGUGUCCUCAAAGUGCCCGUCUUGUCCUGCCUAACUGUGAGGUCUUUUCUACAACUACCGAUGUUGAAGAUAGCAAGCAACACCACCAGUUACACCCUCGAAUCAAAGCGGGUCCUUUCCGUGUAGACUUCUUUUGCCCAGAACGGGGUCUAAUCGUGGAAGUUCUACCAGAUCAUGCUUUUUUUCGAAACAGUAAGGAGCUGACACCGCCGGUUCGUUGGAGACUCAGGUUUUUGCGAGGCAUGGGCUUCGAGGUUCAUGCUAUUCCAUAUUGGAAAACGAAAUCUAAUGAUAUGUGAGCGGAACAAGCAACGAAAUUAUCAAGAGGGGUAGUACAAGGGUUGCUGGUGUCCGCGGAAUCACGAUGAACGAUGGCAUGUAAUAGAUUUGUUUGAAGUGUUUAUGGAUUUGGAUACCUUCCGAUACAAGAAGAAAAGACGAUUCUACUGUAAGUGUUGGCUGUAGUAGUUCUUGGUGGAACAACUCUGGCCCUUUGCGCGCGUUUCUGCACUUGUUUCUGCGCGCUCGUCAUUUGGUGACGAUGAGUUGCACCACCUUAGAGGAGCAUUCAGAUGACGUCAU